AUGGGAGGCCGGCGGUCUCCUUUAGAACCGGGAGAACCGUGCCAGGCAAAGUUAUGGGAUGACCUCGGGGUGUUCGAAGAAGAUGAGGAGCUGGAGGGUUUCAGGAGGGAGGCGGAAGUUCUGCGUGAGAAGCUGAGGGAGGCUCUCAGUCAUACAUCUGGUAACAAAAGGCAGUCCAGUUCUCUGACCGACCUCACCUCGGACAGUACCUGGGAUCAGCAAAAGCCUCACUUGUUUCCUAAAUCCCGCUUGAGGCCCAAAAGUGCUUCAUCUCCCUGGAUUCCUUCCAUCACCAUCCCUCAGCCUUUCAAAAUGACACUGCGGGAAGCUCGCAAAAAGUCCGAGUUGAUGAAAUCAUACAUGUUUCUUGAACUAGACAAACAGAGAAACCAAAGGCAAAGCCAGGAUGAAGCUGAAUGUCAGAAACAAUUCCGGGCACAACCCGUACCUGCCCAUGUGUUUCUGCCCCUUUAUCAGGAAAUAAUGGAGCAGAAUGAGAGUCGCAGGCAAGCAGCAACACAGAAAAGAAAGGAGCUGCUACUUUCAACACAGCGGCCCUUCAGUUUUCUGGAGAAGGAAGAAAAAAAGAAAGAAGCUAUCAGACAAAAAUUCCUGGCAGCAGCAACCCCAAAUGAGAGCUCCAAACAGAAGCAAGCCAGUAAAAAAGUUCCUAAAUCUACUUAUGACUCACUUCUUGGAGAUAAACUGAAAGAAGCUGAACUCUACAGGGAAAUCCGUAUUCAAAUGAGAGCAAAGGAUUUGCUCGAGAGCUCCGUAGCUCCUAUAGAUACCAGCAACUGUCGGAGGGAGCCUCAGUCCCGAACAGCCACCAGGACUAAACAGGAAAGACUUGGCUUUUUACAGGACAAAAGUUUCAGCUUCAAGCCAAGGAUUAAUCCAACAAUACCAGAUUUUGAAGAACUUUACUGGGCAUUUCAGAGGAAAGCAGUACGGAGACAAGAAAUCAAAGAGCCAACUCGUAGUAAGCCAUUCAAGCUGAGAACUUCCAAUAUCCAUGCCAGGCAGAAGCAGGCUAAUGAAAAGAUCAAGGAUUCUCAGAAGCUUUCCAAGGUUUCAGUACAAAAAAGUCACUCUCUGCCUGGACUUUCCUCUCUCUCCUCCAACACUCUUCCUGUGCAUAUUACAGAUGCAACUAGAAAGAGGGAAUCAGCUAUUAGACAUGCCCAAGAUAACAAAAAGGAAGGGGACAAAGAAGGAAUUUAUUGGCUGGAGAAACAGAAAAUGAAAUGUCAAGCUAUGCAAAAGUCUGUCAACAGCCGGGCAAAAGCACUGGAUCCUCAUAAAAGUCUGGAGGAAACACAAAAGGAGAAAUUGAAACAGAACCGGCAAAAAAUGCAACAGAGAACAAAAGAAUACAGAAAGGAGCUGGAAGAAAUGCAGCUGCGAGUCAAGAACAGACCAUACCUCUUCGAACAGGUCACCAAGCAUGAUGCUCGUCAAGRAGCAGAGCGUCGCUACAGACACACCCUACAGCAGGCUGGCCUAAGUGAAGAAUUUGUAAAGAAAAAAGGGAAGGGUGCCACUGACAUGCUGGAAGAAAAGUCUGAUGUUCACAGGUUGCCUGAGCCUCGGGGUGAACAGAACAUCUGUACAGAACAGGAAGCAGUACCUAAGCAGGAACAGAGCGGAAAGGAAGUGGCAACAUAAAAGCUCGCAGAAGAAUCCAUCUAUCAGCUCUUUGACUUUUUUAGUUCAAGAUUCUCCAAGUUAAUCCUCAGGAAUUUAAUAGCUUAAGCUGACACCUAAGAAUUGCUGUGGGGUGAGAUGGGAGAAUUUAGUAAAGGGAAAAAAACAACCCAGCUGUUUUUCAGAGCAUGUCUUGUUCAACCCAGCAAAUGCUGCAGCCUCCCUUAGGCUUCACAAGUGUCCCUUGUGUGGGCUGUCUCCCUUUCUUUAAUGGGCAACAAAACAAGUUGAAAAGGUGGAAGCACUAGCUUUAAAAUUAGAUACAAAAGAUGGAAGAGAUGCAUCCUCUAGUGUCAGCUCCCAUGGAAGCACACAGGAAAGGGAGAAUGCCUCCCAGGGUGCUAAACCUUGUAUUAGACACACAUUUGGUAGAAUGCUUUCAAACAAGGUAUUUCUACAAAAACAAUUAUCAGGACUUGACCUACCUUGGGAGAAGACUCAAAAGGAAGUCUUUCUCUGAUGUUAAUUCUUCACUCACUCACUACCAGCUUUGCUUCUUCCUCUUAUUAGUAAGAAGCAAUAGUCUUCCUAUAUUAAAAAAUCUGCUUUGUUUCAUGAUGUGAAAGUGUUUCAACAUCUUACCAAUUUAGGUCAUUAAUUUGGCCCAAAAAACAACCAAAGUUAGGAAGAAGGUUGUAAUUAAACAGUGUAUCACUUUGAAUUGCUGUUAUCUGAAUUCUACGAUUACUGUGAUAUCAAAGAUGGAUUUUGGAGAAAGAAAGAUUAGGUAUUACCUGCCAGCAUGUAGCACUCAAAUGCCUGKCGCAUCCUGAAUGGUGUAUUUCACACUGUAGUCGUCUCCCUUUACCUGACACUAAUAACCAUUUCAAAAAUAAAAAUCCUUACCACUUGGAACGUUUUCUGAGAUUUUUGCACUUUGARAUUAAAAUAGUUUUAAAUGGAUAUGAUGUUUCGGUAUUGCUCAGUCUCCUUAUCAAUCAUUUCUUCACUUACGUAUAUAGAAGCUGUGUYUCUUUUUGUCACCUCAAUCCUUUUCUCCUUACGCUGUAACAACACAACUUUAUCAUCAAAUCAGAAAUAUAGUAUCUAUAAGAGCCAACAAAAUAGACAAAGAUAUAAAACUGAAAUAAUGACAUUUUAAAUCAUAACGAAGUACUAAAUUCAAAAUUUGUAGCCCAGGGUUUUCACACUGCUUUGUUUAGGCUGAAUGCCCUGUACUGCAGCAGUCCUCGUUCCUGACUCCAUCUCCACACCGAGAACAGGGUGAAGCAUCUCAGAGGGUGCCAGGAAGGCUGUUAUCAGUGUACUGGUUCCUACAUAGGUUUAAUUGUGUAGGACRUAGAGAGGCUGUUCUUUCUCUGGGUACCCCAUGGAAAAGAGCAGUGAUGUAACCAUAUUGUCACCAUGCCUUGCCACAUUAAAAGAGGAAGGAAAGGAGAUUACUUCCAUGCUCUAAGUCUGUGGUUUAAAGCCUCUUUGUAUGGAUAUAUUUGGAGCAGUGGGACUGGAAUUUUAAUACAUACAUUUUAAGGGUAUUUACUAAAAUAGAUUGCCAAUUUCCAUAAUAAUAGUUAAUGGUGCUGAAGAAAGAAAUCUCUAAGUAUGUAGAGUGUAAAGGGAAACCCUAGGAAAGGAGGAACAAAAGUUUGACUUGAAAUUAAUAUAUUAAGCCAUACYCUUUUAACAAAUACUAAGGUGACAUGCAUGAAUAUAAUAACAAAUAAAUUCAAGUCUUAACAUUGGUCCCUAAAACAAAAUUGCUGAAAUGUGAUCAAAGUAAAAGCAUCAAACUAAGUAACUGAAACUCACAUCUCUCUUGCUAAACAARGUUUUGUUCUGAAAGGAGGAUUACAUUUCUGUAAUCCUAAGAGCUUUGUAACCUCUUAAYAUGUCUCAAAAAUGGUAUGGAAAUAAAGAGUUUCAACUAUGGUUUUGCAUUUUUGCAUUUUAUGAAAAUAGUUUGUUAUAUUUAGUUACAAGAUUUGCAGCCUAUUCAGCUAACCUAUAAAAAUACUGUAGAAAAGAGUCGSGAGUAUCUCACGUGAAUUGUGGAGAUGACAGCCAAACUGC